UGGUCUCUAUCUCUCCAUCUUUCACUCCACACAAAAGGGUUUUAGGGUUUUUCUCUCCCUAAUCUUUCUCUGCUUUUGUUUCUCUCUCUCUCUCUGUCUCUCUCUGAGCUUCACAGCCAUGGAUAGGUACCAGAAGGUCGAGAAACCGAGGCCCGAGGAGCCCAUAAACGAGAACGAGAUCCGAAUCACAGCGCAGGGUUUGGUUAGGAACUACAUAAGUUAUGCCACCAGUCUUCUUCAGGAGAAACGUGGGAGAGAAAUUGUCUUGAAAGCAAUGGGGCAGGCAAUUAGCAAGACGGUGGCCAUUGCAGAGAUUAUAAAGAGGAGAAUUCCCCGGUUGCAUCAAGAUACUAACAUCAGUUCAGUGAGCAUAACUGAUGUAUGGGAACCCAUUGAAGAGGGCCUUCUACCUGUGGAGCAGACACGCCAAGUCUCUAUGAUCUCGAUUACCUUGUCUACCAAGGAUCUAAACAAGAACUCUCCAGGGUACCAAGCUCCAUUAUAUGGGGAGCAACCAAGACCUCAAUAUAACUAUCAGCAGCAGCAGCAGCAACCACCACCAAGACAAUCACGCAUGCCCUUUAAUGCUGUUAAUGAAGAUUCAUAUGGUAGAGGGCGUGGUCGUGGGAGAGGGAGAGGACGGGGUUGGAACAGAGGUGGAUAUGGAAACUACCAAGAAAAUGGUGGAUAUUCAAACUGGGGCAGAGGUGGUGGGCGUGGCAGAGGUUGGGGGUACCGUAGCCAGUAUGGUAACUAUGGUGCUGGCCCUGCUGGGUAUGAAAGAGGAAGAGGAGGGGGAGGAGGGGGCAGAGGUUACGGCCGCGGCCGUGGAAGGAUGGGCGGCCGCGGUAGGGGUGGUGGUGGCAACCAGGCUUAAUUGGUAUUUGGUGUGCUUUGCUCUAGUUAGAUAUUUGCAAUGUCUUAGCAAUUAUGGUAAUCCCAAAAAUCUGUUCUGGAAGAGAGUGAAUUUUAUGGCUUAUGUUCAUCAGGGCUUUUUUAAGCGUUGAGUUUGUUCUUUUUCGCCAUGAUAUAAAAUGAAUGUGGGCAAAGCUUUGUUUAACUCUUUUGCUUUUAUUGUUCACUUCAGCUUA